AUGCCCUACUCAAUAUCCGUCAACAAGCCCUCCCUGGGAGCUGCCCCUGAAGCUGCAAAGUCCAAGCCUCACAUUGUCAAGAAUCAUGAUGGCAGCAUUGAUCGGUUCCGAAAUCCUCACCCUUCGUACAAGACCGCGUUCCAGCCCUGGCAAUUCCCUAUGAAGGUCAUCAUGGGCCAAUUCGACGGCAGCAUGAGGAUGCCAGCCCCCAAGGGCGAGACGGUGCCGAUCCGGACGCCCACCUUCCUCACCUCGCGGCUCGGGUCGGGGCCCCAGGAGGAGGUGGAGGAGCUGCGGACCACCUGGCUGGGCCACGCGUGCCACUACGUCGAGUUCCCGACGGGGCUGCGCGUGCUGUUCGACCCGGUCAUGGAGGACCGCUGCUCGCCGUUCACCUUCGCGGGGCCCAGGCGGUACACGCGCCGGGCGUGCGGCGUCGCCGACCUGCCCUUCCUCGACGCCGUCUUCAUCUCCCACAGCCACUACGACCACCUGUCGCUGCCCACGCUCCUGGAGAUCAAGGCGAGGUUCCCGGACGCGCACUUCUUCGUCGGCCUGCAGCUGGCGGCCUGGUUCCGCGAGUCGGGCAUCGACAACGUCACGGAGAUGGACUGGUGGGAGGACGCCGAGGUGACUGUGCAGCCGGGGGACGACAGCGCCGCCAACGGCGAGGGAGGAGAGAGCAAGCCGCCCAUCACAGCGACGGUGUCGUGCCUCCCCGCGCAGCACGGCUCAGCCCGCACCCCGUUCGACCACGAGAAGACGCUGUGGUGCUCGUGGGCGGUCAAGUCCGGCACCAAGUCGGUCUACUUCGCGGGCGACACGGGGUACCGCUCGAUACCGGCGGGCGAGGGCGAGGGCGAGGGCGGGAGCGGCAAGGGGGGCGAGGACGCGGCGCACGAGUACGGCGGGCGGCUCGCCCACCUGCCGACGAACCCGGACUUCAGGGAGGUGGGCGCGCUCCGCGGGCCCUUCGACGUCGGCCUCAUCCCCAUCGGCGCGUACCAGCCGCGCCUGCUCAUGUCGCCCAUCCACGCGGGGCCCGCCGACGCCGUCGAGAUCUUCCGCGACACCAGGUGCCGCCGCGCGCUGGGCAUCCACUGGGGCACGUGGGCGCUGACGUCCGAGCCCGUCAUGGAGCCGCCUGAGCGGCUGAAGGAGGCGCUGAAGUGCAGGGGUAUCGCCGAGGAGGGCGUGUUUGAUAUUUGCGAUAUUGGUGAGACGCGGGUGUUCUGA